AGUCGUCUCGCGGAUAAGACAGCGACGCACAGCUGAGCGCGUCACGUGACGCCCAAGGUCGGCGUCGUCGGUAAACAGCGGCAUCGGAAUUGCCCGACCUGCGGCGUUUUUCCGUCGUGAGCGUGCACCCACACCGCUGCGUGCUCCUCGAGCUCCGAGCCAUUCGGGUGCAGUCAACGCUGGCUUCUCUGAACACUCAACGCGACUACCAGUGCCCGAGCUAAUCACCAGGUUAUUGCUGGAAUCAGAUCCUGCCAAACUGGAGUCGAGGCAGGCCUCCUGCGCCACUACUGCUGUGCAAAAGCCUUCGUUGAUGCAACGGGGAGCAUAAAAGCGUGCUUCACAUUUCGACGGAGCCAUUGCUGUGGACGAUCCAGGCACACUCACAUUGACGGCCUACUCACCGCACUCUUGUGCAUUACAUGUGCAAUGUCGGGGGUGCAGGUGUGCGGCUGCCUGAACUGGAGUGUCCAUUGCCAGGAGGUGCAGCCCUGCGACGUCCGGCACUUGGCCCCAGCAGGGGACGACCCCUUCUUUCGGGAUGGGGUUGUCUGUGCAAAGCUUGCUCUGCAGGGCAUUACCAAGAGACACUCGUUCCUGGAAAGCGUGCGCAGUGUGGGCGAGUGGGAGGUGCACAGCUGUCAGGGCUGCCAGCGCGAUGUGUAUGCACAAGCCUCUGAUCGGAGCCUGCUGCUCAGUGCUGACCUUGAGAGCGACGCCAAGCGUAUCGAAGCAAUGCGGGUGUCGGCCGACUACUCCCCUUGCUUCAACAUUUUGCUGCCACCGCAAGCCGACAACAGCCAGGAAGGAGACGAUGCACCAAAUGUCACACCAGUUGUGACUGAGGGACAGGAUGAGACCGUUCUGGUACGUCUGCACGUGCAGCAGUUGGCCGCACAGUUCCUGCAGCAGGAGCUGGAGGCCAUGGAAGCACGCCUCAGGCUCUACCAGGAGGAGCAGGCGCAGGCCCUGGAACGGCUGCGGCAUCGCACAGCACGAGAUCGGGAUGCCCUCUGGCAGAUGCUCUUCAGCAGCAGCACUGGUGGCCGCCGUAGGCAGCAGGUGCCCUCUAGGGACCGGUAUUUGGUGUCCAAUGUGAAGCAACAAACAGCAGCACCACACGUGGCUGAUGUGAAGCGUAAAUUGGCCACCACCAGGGGGCAGCGCGAAGGAGAGAUGUUCCGACUGGACGGCUUUGAAGAAGACGAGGCAGCUUUCCCCUCUUCAGAGGAAGAAGACUCUGAUGAUGGUGCAGGCGGAGGCGGCAACAGCAGCAGCAGCAGCGCCUUGGAUGAGCCUGUGCGGCACUGUGCCUACUCACUACCAGUCGACAUGCCAGGAUGGCGCCCUCGGGAUGACGACCACCAGUUUGCUGUGGAGCAUGACCGGAUUGGUGCCGACAUCGAAGCCCUCGCUCGCAGCGUGUGUGAUGGCACUGAGAUGUUUGGGGACCUGCCUCGACCCCGGCUGAACUCGAUGCAGAGGCCCCUCUUUUGAUUUGUUUCGACUUAUUGAAUACUUGCUUGUAUACGAAUAAGAAUCUUCAUUCGUUAAA